AAAUUCCUGGCAGCACGCGCAGUUUCUUCCACCGAUGUAGCCUAUAUAUUGUUGUUUCAAAACUGAGCUCGGUGCUUAAAAUUAUGUUAAGUGGAUAACUGCAAAAUGCAGUUUUUUUAACACCCGCUUUUAUUCCUUUUGGGCGGGGUUUUUCUUAGGACCUGGCAACCCGAUACUGAUGACCCGAUACUUCCUGUUUGAAAAGUGAAACAAACUGCGGCGUGUUUACACAUUCAAAAAGUAUUAAUAGUGUUUUGAGCAGAAACGCUGACACGGUGAUGAUAUUUGACCAAACAAGCGCUUUAAUUUGUACUAAAAAAUGCAUAAAGUUACUUUUUUUACUGAAACAAACUUCUUGACGGUUACGGUAGGUCGUGGCUAGUUACCUCUUGAUAGUGUUUUGAUUUCCCUGACAACUGAUCGACGCCAUCGGUGGAGGUGGAGGUGGAGAUGAAGACUAGCCUGCCAAAGAUAUUCUCUCUAGUGAGACUACACCUGCCAAAUUCCGUUUCAAGCAAAAGCAAAACUAUGAAACACGAAGAUGUCGAUUUUGUCGCCAGCGGGUCGAUGGCAGAGGCCGAGGUUGUUUAUAAGAGUACAAUUGUGCAAACCACACGUGUUGGAAGUAGGGAUACGGGACGAGAGGAGAGACCAGCUCAAAGUAACUCCUCUGUAGUUGAACCAGUGAACGUCGACGGCAUUGUUAUGGAUUACAUCGAAAAGAUUAAAUCCAAGGAGCUUGACACGAUCAAAAAAAGGAAUGCAGUUAUCGUGAAGCGAGAUGAUAAACGCGUGACCUUCACGUCUCUGUCUGGUAAGAACGUGCACGCUCAUUUCGCACGAGAACACUUCGUAACUUUAUAUCAAAAGACUGCAACGGGCCUGCAAACCAGGACAUACGACCACAGUCGAGGAAUUAUUACGCUUCACCAAGCAGAAUUUCCAGAACUCCUAAUCACUCAUAAAGAUGAAAAGCGGCUGCAGCUGACUGGCAACUUCAUUAGCCUUGACAGAUUUGAGACGUUUUUGAAUGGGAGUGCUCGGUCAUAUUUAGACUACCAAACCCCAAAUAACUCUGAAGUUAAUGACAGGCCUUACAAGCAACCUGCGAGAGAACGCGCAUCAAUAGACCAAGCCAAAGAUGAGGCAUGUCCAAUUUGUUUGGAAACACUCGAGACAAAGGAAUCCACAGACCUGCCAAAGUGUAAACACAGAUUUUGUAAAGACUGUUUGAGGAAAGCCUUCCAGGUGAAGCCAACUUGUCCGAUCUGCGGAGAGAUAUACGGCAGUCUCACAGGGACACAACCAAAGGGCGGGAGCAUGACUGUCUCAUCGGACAAGUCCUCCUUACCUGGAUAUGAAAAUUAUGAUACACUCAUAAUUAGCUACCAUAUUCCAAGUGGGCGUCAAGGGGAUGAACACCCAAACCCAGGCACGCCGUACCAUGGUGCGUCCCGCAUAGCUUACCUCCCGUACUCUACAGAGGGGAGUAAAGUACUGAAGCUUCUGCAGAGGGCUUUCGAACAGAGACUCACUUUCACCAUCGGACGUUCAUCUACCACUGGACAGAACAAUGUGGUGACCUGGAAUGACAUUCACCAUAAGACGUCUCGUUAUGGAGGACCAACCAGUUAUGGCUACCCAGAUCCAAACUACCUGAAACGAGUACAAGAUGAACUGAAAGCAAAAGGAAUUUACUGAGUAUACAGUCUGCUCCUUGUAAUCAGUUCAGACACAUUAUUACAACCAAGUCAUAUUAAAACAAGAACAAGAAGAAAGUAAUGUUGCAGUUUUGCGAUCACUAAUCACAGCACUUUUUUGCAUUGCAGUUUUGAAUGUGUGAAUCUCAUCGUGAAGCAGUAUAAGUGAAACAGAGUUAAGGGCCGUGAAGGGUAUUUUUGCCAGAUGUUUGAUCAUUGCUUGAAUGUCUUCCGCAGCAUCACGAAUGACCGCAUUUUCAAAAUAAUGUACUACUAUAUGUAUGCAGGAUACCUUGUUUGUGCUUUUACAUGUAAACCUUAUAGGUUUCGUGUCAAUAUCAUAAAGGAUUGCAUCAACAGAAAUCUAUUUUACUUGUUUAAAAACAAUCAUUGCUAUAUAAUAUUGUAACUAGAUUUUUCAAAUGAAUGAAUAUACAGUAAAAUGAAGUGUCAUCUAAUAUAUUGAAAGCUACCAUAGAGCCUCGGUUUCUCGAGUCAUUUUAUUAACACUAAACCUUUCCUAUUGGUAUUUGUUCUCUGGUUUAUUUAUCGUUUACCUUUUGUUUUGAUUUUGUUGGAUUGCAGCAUUAAAAUUGGAUGAAAGAUACAAGUGUA